AUGAACCGAGAAGACGACGAUGCAGCUCCAUACGAGGACCAGGACGACACGGCGUCCACUGUGAACGGCGAUGAAAGCCAGCAGCCUUCUGAUGAAGAGUCCAACAUCCGCAUCUUCCUGCGCGUGAAGCCGUCCCGGAAGCCCUCGGGCUUCUUCUCGUGGGACGAAGACACCAACAUGAUGAAGUACGACAUCCCCAAGGACGUGGCCGCGGGGCUCAUCAACAACUCCCGAACCUCCUACAAGUUCCGCUUCGACUCGGUCAUCGGCAUGGAAGCCAAGCAGGAAGAAGUGUUCGACCGCGUGGGUCGGCCCUGUGUGGAGAGUGCGCUGAACGGCUUCAACUCGACUGUGUUCGCCUACGGUCAGACAGGUUCCGGUAAGACCUUCACCAUUACGGGCGGGGCCGAGAGGUACGAGGAUCGAGGUCUCAUCCCGCGCGCGUUGUCCCUGAUCUUCGAGCGGAUGCGCAACACUAGCCAGGAGCAGAUCAUCGCUCACGUCUCGUACCUCGAGAUCUACAACAACCAGGGCUACGACCUGCUGGACCCGAACCACGAGUCCACCAAGUCGCUGGAGGAUCUGCCGCGCGUGGCCAUGCUGGAGGACGAAGACGGCAACUGUCACCUGCGCAACUUGUCGAUGCACCCAGUGACCACGGAGGAGGACGCACUCAAUUUGCUGUUUCUAGGAGACACGAACCGCGCGGUGAGCGAGACGGCAAUGAACUUGGCGUCUUCGCGAUCGCACUGUAUCUUCACAGUGUCUUUGGAGACGCGGAGGGUGGGGAGCGAGGUGGUGUUGCGCUCCAAGCUGCAUCUGGUGGAUCUGGCCGGGUCGGAGCGAGCGCACAAGACUGGCGCGAAAGGACAGCUACUGCGCGAAGCUGCGUACAUUAACACGAGCCUGCACUACCUUGAGAUGGUCAUUGUGGCGCUGCACGAGAAGAACACGAAGGGCAGGACGCACAUUCCGUACCGCAACUCCAUGAUGACUUCCGUGCUGCGUGACUCACUCGGAGGGAACUGUAAGACAGUCAUGGUGGCUACUGUGAGCCCGGAAAAGGACCAAACUGACGAAUCCGUGUCGACGUGUCGGUUUGCGCAGCGAGUGGCGCGUGUCAAGAACGACGCUCGUCUGAACGAGGAAGUCGACCCGGCUGUGAUCAUUCGACAGCUCAAGGCACGAGUUGCUACCCUCGAGGAAGAAUUAGCCACUCUCAAGGGCGAUGUGAACGAAGGCGCGGAGCUGAAGGAUUACGAGAUCGAUAAACUACGGCAAAAGUGCUUGAACUUUGUGAACGACUCGGAGCCGAGCGCUCAUUUGUCGAUGGGCGAGUUCACGUACACCAAAAUGAAGGCGUGCUUUGACAUUCUCAAGAGCAUGGCGAACGCCGCUGGCGCCGCUGCAGCUUCCGGUGGUGGUGGUGGUAGUAGUAGUAGUGGUGGUGGCUCUGGAAUACCCGGGGCACCCAGUGGCGUAAAACUCAUCUCUGCGGGUAAUGGAGGCAACAACCAGGAGAUGGAGCAGCGCGUCCACGAGCUCGAGCAGCUCGUCCAGCAGCGUGACAACGAGAUCGCUAUCAUGGUCAACAUGAUCCGGAAAGAGCACGGGGCAACAAUCCCCGCAGAGCUUCUGUCUCGUGGGACUACCGAGUACGCAAGCAACCAGGACGAACACCACCAAAAACCACGGAAGAAGCAGAGCGCACCUGCAGCCACCAAACCUCCCGGUGACUACGCGUCGACGUUCGUGGUUGAUCCAGCAAUACUAGAAGACCCUGCCAAGGCAUUUGAAGCGUUCAAGGCGCAGUACCCGAAGAACGAUGCCAUCCGAGACAACAAAAUCGCCCUCAAGCGCAAAUACGACGCUGCCAAGGCUUUGGCUAGCGAGGUCAACGAGGCGCGCAACCAGAUCAAGGCGCUGACGCUAAAGAUUGAGAAGCUCCGGAAGCAGCAGGCCAUCGCUGACGAGGGUCUUAUCGAUGAGGGUGGAGACAGCGGCGACGCGUCUUCCGCAGCCGCGGCAAAGGCUCGAGCGGAGGCGGAGGCCGCCGAGCAGAAGCUGAAAGAUCAGAUCGACGGACACAAAGUCGCCUACAAGAAGGGCUUCAACGAGCUCAGCGAGCUGAAGAAGGAGAUCCAGCACAUCCAGAAGAUGCUCGAAAUGGGGCGCAUCAAGCUCCAGAAGGACUUCGACCUGUGGUACCAGCGGCAGGGCAAAGGCGCGCUGCUCACAGAGACGCUGCUGGCGGCGCAGGCAAAGCCUGAACCAACUCGACCCAGCAACAACAGGAGUCCAAGCUCUGAGAAUCUUAGAGACCCCGUCAAGUCGUCGUCCCCUGAAAGACCCGAAAGCGCGUCUCGCAAGUCGGAGUCAAAAGCAUUCAGCGAUCCCAAGAGAGCGUCUUCCUCGCACUCGCAGCGGUCCUCAGUUGCAAGGCAAAGCACCUCAAGUACCGUCGAGGAGGACGUGUCUGGGUUCUACGAAGCCUUGGACAUCCUCAAGCGCCGCAGCAAUGCUCGGAAGUAA